GGGAAUGCGCGUGCGCGAGAGGGAGUGCACGCGUGCUCAAAGGGACUGCGCGCACGUCCGGCGCUACGGCGCCUCCUCCGCGAAGCCCUUCUGGCAACCGACUGAACCCGUUCUAUCGAAUCACCGGGCCCCACGUUCUGCCACGGGCCAAGGACUGGCUGCCAGGAGUCCCUGGGGGUGCCCCAGCCUGGGCCACCAGCCUUGAGACAGAGCUUCCCUCAGAUUUAGAGCUGAGUGAGGAACAGCGACUGCAGGCUCCACCUCUCAUCCCGGCCACCCACAGGUCUGCAAGGAGAUGGUCGACCUGCAGAUCAGAACCCAUCGCCUACAGGAGCAGCACGAGGCUGAAAUUUUUGAGCUGAAGAGUGAGGUCCUGUGGCUGGAGAGCCGGGUACUGGAGCUGGAGCUGCACGGAGAGCAGGCAGCCCCAGCAGAGGCUAAUGCAGGGCACUGCCAGGCACUGACACAGGAGCUCGGGUGCAAGGCCUGGGUGCAGGGACAGUCUGAUCACCACAGACACCAGGCACAGCCCAAGGACAUCCCGACCCCUAAGAAGCAGCAGCAGAAGCUGGGGAACAGCCUGCAGGGAGAAGUAAAGCAGGUGCUGGAGCAGCAAAGGGCUCAGCAGCAGGCACUGGAGAUGCAUGUGGCAGCCCUGGGCCAGCAGCUGCAGGGAGCCCGGGAGGAGGCCAGGACAGCUGGGCAGCGACUGGCUGCACAAGCCAUGGUGUUGUCAGCCUGCCAAGGCCAGCUCAGCCAGGCUGAGGUGGAGAAUGCCCGGCUACAGCUUCAGCUCAAGAAGCUGAAUGAGGAGUACACCAUUCGGCUGCAGCACUGCGCCCAAGUCGUAACUGAGCAUGCAGAUGGUGGAGGCCAGACGCCUGCCGCCACAGUCCUUCGGAGAUUCCUGGAGACCACUCUGGAAGACAUUCGGGCGGCAUACCACAGUCGUGAGCAACAGCUGGCCCAGGCUGCUCGUGCCUACCGCAAGCGCCUGGCAGAUCUGAGCCGUAGGCAUGAGGAGCUGCUGGCCGCCCACAGUGUGCAGCAGGCACUGGCAGACCCCGAUGGGGCCCCCAAGGCUACCUUUGGUGCAGCCACCUUGGACCUGGAGCCGCUGCCCCUGCCUGAGGUCACCAAGCUCGGUCACCCACAGGAGGACCAGGCUAGGCUGGAGACAAAGUUCCGGGAGCUCCAGGCCCAGAAGGUACCAGGUGAAACCUCCCAGCGGGGCACAUUAGAGCCACAGGGCCUGGAAGCUGCAUCCUGGGCCCAGAUAAACCAGAAGCUACAGGACUUCUCCCGUGGCACUCAGGCAGAACUGGAACGGGAGCGGGCACAGCUGCUGGUCCGGGCCACAAUGGCUGAGGAGCAACUUUCUGAGCUACAGGAGUACGUGGACCAGCACCUGGGCAGCAGGUACAAGCAGGAGAUCCUGAGGCUGAGGAAGCUGGUGGGGUCAGGGGAUCCCUGGAAAGUGGGGACCACACCUCCAGUCAAGCCCCAGCGCCCAAGGACCCGUAGCCGCUAAACUGUUCAUCAGAUAAACUUCGAGAACUCUCCAUGGCCAGCAUGAAGCCGUCCCCAC